UAUCAGUAUUGCAAAUGUGCAAAAAUAACGUACUUUAUGCUGUAGUAAAUCACCAUAAAGCGAGAAGGAAGAUGUACUUUUUUCCAUUUCAAAAAUUUUCUGCAGUGCUUUCGACCUUACCAUUUUGGGCCAUUUUAUAGCACCAAAACCUGGCCCCAUUACUUUUUUGUUUUUGUGUCGACGUCAUUGAUAGUAUACAGAAAAUGAAACUUAGGAGUAUCACUACAGCAUGCAAAAACAUGCUAGGGGCCUGUAGUGCUCAUUCAAAAUCUGCGUCCCUGAGUACGAGUUGGUUAGUAAUUUUUUUUCAAAAAAAACAAACAAACUAUUUUUCCGUAAAAACAUAUGGGGGUCUUUUUAAAGAACGUGCAUAUAAUGUACGAUAUAUUCAUCAGAAUGGCUUUACCCCCUGAUCGUAACAUUGUGCUCCAGUGCAGGAGUUCAUUUAAUUAGAGUGUGAAUUGAAACGAUCGUAUCGCCCCGGGGUCAUAUAAUCUUAAGUGUCAUAAAUUUUGUUUUGUUGUUCUUAAGCGGUGUAAGAAAACAUGACAGUGUGAUAACCGCAAGAGACUUGCAAAGAGUUUUUUUUUUAAAAAGGAUAACAUGAAAAAGGAAGAAAAAAUCUAACAUAGAAACUUCUUGGAAUAUUUUAAAGAAUUGACGUAAACUAAAACGCCGUAGUUUCGGAGUUAGAUAUCUGAUGUCUCUGCCUAAAAAUAUUCUCCAGUGGAGCGUAGCUGAUGUGACUUUCUGGUUAGAAGAAAAUCAUUUUCAAUCAGAAGUUGGAAGUUUUAAAGAGCAUCAAAUAGACGGCAAAGCAUUGACUCUUUUGGAAAAGAGUGAUAUCAAAGAACUCAUUAAAACAAUAGGUCCGAGGGUAAAAUUUCGAUGCAAGUUGUCCCAAUUACUGCUAACGAGAAAUAUAAACCAACCUGGCCAUCACACUAAUGAUGUAAAUAACUCACAAAGAAACGAGUCGGCACAACCAAAAGAUGUCUGCAUUGGUGGUAUCGUUCAACCAAGAUAUAAUUUUGUACAAGUAUAUCCUUCCCAGCCUCAACAACAAGUUCUUCGUCAACAACAAGUAAUUCCGCAGCAACAAGUUCUUUCCCAAAUUAGAUACCAUCCCGUUGAAAGUGGACCCAAUCCACAAUAUUACAAUCAAGGCAUACCUACCUACGGCCCAUACAACUAUCAAACGGUGUAUCCCAUAAGGGAUCAACAGUUGUACAAUGUACAACCGGGAAAUCCACAAUUUAUAAAUAGGCAGCAGCAGAAUAUAUCUCAGGGUAUAUUGAAUGCACCAGGUUCACCAGGUGAACAAGGAAAACAAUACAUAUCACAUUGCGGCGCCAAACGUAGACAUCCAAGUGAGAAUGAGUCUAUAAUAAACAGAGAGAAAGCAAACAGUAUGAACAAUGAGCUAAAGGAAAAUAGUCAUGCAGGUGCAAUUACAAAGACUUUUUCCUUAAAACAAGAACCUUCUUCACUGGAAGAUGAUAAUAUUUACAACAUCAACAGAAAUAAGGAAAGACAUCAUUUGGUAGAUGAGAAUAAAAUUGAAAAUGCCACCAGAAUUUACGACAACGGUACGUUUCCUAACACAGAGGAGAGUAAAGCAGAAAGCAGUAGGGAAGAACAUAAUAGCUCCUCAGUUUCCAAAACUAAUAGAGAGCCUUCGGAGGAGAGCGAUAAGGAGAUGUUUGAUGACGAGGAUGAAGAAGAUUGCAGAGAAAUGGAUCGAAUUUGUGAAAACAUGAGCAAGAACUGUGAUGAUCAUGAAGAAUUUCUUUCUAUGUUAAACAUUCAUAAGUCCAGGCCAAAUGAGACAUUAGUUGUAACGUCGGAAAUUGAUAAAGUUGCAAAAGAUAAACAAAUCAAAUCCGAAAACAAACCUAGCAUCGAAAGUGUAACAAAUCGGUUAGCGCUUCGGGAGCGAUCGAAAAUAUUUCGACGAAGUGAAAAGAAGUGGCACAUUGCGGUAAAUGAAACAUCAUACCAGUUAGUUCAAAAGGAUCCAAAAUUACUGCACAAUAAAAGGGAGUUGCGUUUACUGGCUGAAUCAGAAGUUCGGAAAACUUACAGAUUUGCCAAAGGUAAAUCGCGUUCCAUUGCCAUCCCGGAAAAUCGUGUUGCUGCCGAAGAAAAGAAAAAGCAGAAAAUGACAAAGGAAAAGAUACAGGAAGCAAAGAAACGUUUGAAUUCAGAAAGAGAAAAUGUCAGCCGUAAAAUGAGACAAUGUCACAUGAAUUUAACCUUAGCCAAUCAGCAAUCAGAUUCCACACAGAUUAUGCAACUGAGAGAAGAAAUGCAAGUGCUAAAUCACCAACAAGCAAAGUUGCAUUUUCGUAUGACCGACCUACUAGCAAAAGAACGCAGAUUAAGAACGAUAAAAAAAGACCAUGAAAACUAUCAAUAUCAAGUUGUCAAUGAUACAAGUGAACAACCUACGAACAUGGUAUAUUAUCCAAGUAGUGUUCCGACGCAAAUUUCAUUGUUAUCUCCAUCAUCCCGUAUGCAAGUUGAUGAACAUGGUCAAGAGCAAGCAUCAGUGUUAUCUCCAUCAUCUCGAGUUAAUGCUGUUGAUCAUGGUCAAACGCAAGUGUCGGUAUUAUCUCCAUCAUCUCGAGUUCACAUUAAUGAACUUAGCCAAACACAAGUGACAGUUUUACCUCAAUCAUCCCAGGUAUACACUAAUACUCACGGUCAAGCACAAGCUUCCGUGUUACCACUAUCAUCUCGAGUACAUGUUGAUGAACAUGGUCAAGUGAUACAAAUACCAAGUGUUAACAUUUCAUUUGUUAGUACAACGUCUUAAAGUUAAUAAUACAUAUAUAAAUAAAGGUAAAAAAACAUCAAUCUUGUAUUUUCAUAGUAGUCAAUUUUUUGGGUUCUGUAACACCUUAUGUAUGGAUUUAUUCACUGCUUCAAUAACCUGCGGAAUUUUUUGCUAGGAAUAUUGUUUUUACAUUUCCUAAUACCAUAAAAAAUA